UAAAGUAGAUAUAUAGCCGGUCUCUGCAGUCAGUGGCCUCAGAAAAGGAAAGAAUCAUGGACUGGUCCCAUUUAUUGAGAGCUCUGCUCCUACUGAACUUGGGGGUCUAUGUCCUUGCUGGCUAUGAUAACUCUGAUUAUGAUCAAGACAAUGAUGAUGAAAUUGAUGAUAAUGAUGAUGAUAACAAGCCAACCUGUGGAACGCCGGUGAAGAUCGACAACCGCAUUGUGGGAGGGCAGGAUGCAAUGAAGGGGAAGAAUCCCUGGCAAGUGAUUGUGUGGAUUCCUGGUAGUGGCUACUGUGGUGGAGCCCUCAUUAGUAGCAACUUAGUUGUGACUGUAGCUCAUUGUAUAGAUGGCUUCAAUGCCUCCUCUGUCGUUGUUAUCCUUGGAGCCUACAAAAUAACUGGAAACCCCAAUGAGGAGAAUUCUGUUCCGGUACAACAGAUCAUUAUCCACCCUAGUUACAAUGAAUCGGAUAAUUCUGCAGAUAUUGCCCUUCUACAGCUCUCCCAGAACGUACCCAUCACGAGAUACAUCCAACCAGUCUGUGUGCCUUCAGCUUCCACCGUAUUUCCUCCUGGUCAGAACUGUGUCGUGACUGGAUGGGGAGACAUUGAGCUCAGUGUAAUCCCGCAACGGCCCGUUGUUCUACAGGAGACGCAAGUGCGUUUGAUGAGCACAGAGCAGUGCAAGAGUUACUAUGACAACAAGGGAGUUGGGUCUUUCAUUAAGGAUGACAUGAUCUGUGCAGUGGAUAUCCUAGGCCAAAGAGGACCAUGUCUGGGUGAUGGUGGCGGACCACUGGUUACCUACCAGAAUAAACAGUGGAACUUGGUUGGAGUCGCGAGUUUUGGAUUUGGUUGUGGAAAUGAAAACCCCGCAGUGUAUACGUCUGUGCGCGCCUACAUAGACUGGAUUCAGCAAUAUAUGUACCCUAUUGAUGAUUAGAACUUCUUGCCUUUUGUUGAGCCUCUGUAUUGGGUGAUGUUGCAGAACUCCUUCUUCAUUUUGAUCGUGAGCGCUGCUUCUUGGCUGGGAUGGUUGGCUUUGGGGAGCCAGGCUGCUGAAUUGUAGACUUCCCAACUGUACAUGAAGCAUUGCUUGAAAAAUAUCUACUAGUGUCUCAGUAAAUGUGUUUCAUGCUUGGGCUAAGUAGCAGUAGUAGUGCAAAAGAUUGCAGAAACCUUCCCAGAAACGGGAUCUUUUGGUCCUCCUAGCAUGCAAGAGAAUUCUCUAUGGGGAAUGCUUCCUACAAGCGCAACAUCUUGUUGUUAUGUGCAGCUUUUGCUUCUCAAUAUAACUUUAUAAUCAGACUUGAGAAAAGCAGAUAUAGAGCAGUUUAUAGCUAAGAAAUGUUUGUUCAAUGGUCCCACCAUGGAUCUAUUGAACCAAGAGGAGAAAGUCAAUUGUAUAGAGAAUAGGGUUCAUUGUAGGACCUUCUUGGAACACUUCAGACUUUGGAUUGGAGAACUUAUAAAAAAAAUAUUUGUAGUGUUACUUUGGGAAUCCUUCUGAUAAUGUUGGACUGUAGACCCCAUCGUGAUUACUAUAUGAUAAUAUGCUGGAGAAUGCUGGGAGUUGUAGCCAUUUGGGUGGAGCAAUGCUUCUAUGGGAUGUUUAUGUCCUCUUUUGUGUAUUUUUAGUGUAGUCGUAUAUACAUUCAAAUAUUCACUCUUCUCAUAGAUGUUAAGAUUAUGCCUUGAUGUUGUGAGGGAUUCUGUCCUAUAGAUACAGAGUAAAUAAGCUCUUUUUCAAUAAAUGUAGUUGUUUUU